AUGGCUGAGUAUUCUCAACAGUGGAUGCAACUCCACAACGCCACACUUGGAAACCUCCCUCUCAAGCACAUCACUCUUCCUUCUUCCCACGACGCCGGCACUAGCUAUGUUCACAACAACUUGCGGACGGAGCUAGGACUGGACGACAUGGUGUUGACCCAGACGCGAUCAAUCCUUGACCAACUCAAUCUCGGCGUCCGUUACCUCGACAUUCGUCCUGUCCUUACCUCCAAGAGCAGCACUCAAGAUGCUCCUUCCUGGCACUGCGGUCACUACACCAACGUCGGCGACGCUGUUGGGGUCCAGGGUGCAAGUUGCGUUCCCAUCCAGAAAGUCGUUGAUGACAUCAACACGUUCACCAGAAAGAACCCGGAACUAGUCGUCAUCCAUAUCAAGCGGACUCAGAGAAUUCACAUAUCCCCAGCGACGUCCAGCGACCCAUUGGGAGGCAAGUCUACCGAGAGAGAGCCCACGCAACGCGAGUGGGAGGAUUUCUUUGGGCUUCUAAAGCGGCUGGAAAAUCUGCACACCGUUGAAAGUCCUGGGGCCUCGAAGCAUACAUACCUCCACGAUCUCCCUCUGAAGUACUUCAUUGGAAAUGGCAAACCCGCUGGAAUCAACAACACAGUCGUCGUUUACGGUGGCAAACGGAUUACAAACCAAACGGUGCUAGAUGCUGUCCAAAAGGCAAUUGAACAUGGUAAACCUUUCCAUGUCUCUGACGAGAGCUUGGGGGGUGUCAAGGACAACCGAAAAGGCAAAUCUGCGGCCGUUCUCUAUCACCACCAAGGUCUUUUGAAAGCGAGAUGGGCACCGGAGUCUCAAGCCCUUCGAUUUGAUACGGACAUCACGGGAGCAUACUGCGAGAAUCACGACGUCAUGUCCCAGCCGUUAUAUAAUGAUUUACUGCCCAAGAUUUUCAGUGGCCGCAAAUGGAAGCUCUCUAAAGACUUUCUCAGUCCCAAAGGAAAAGCCUUGGGACUUUGUAAGAGUAUCCACAUUCGGUUGAGGGUGGCCGAUGGUAAACUGGAAGAGGUGAAAGCCAAAAAGGGUGAGAUUGUGGAUUUUGCAAAGUUUGGACCCAGUAACAUCUGA